AAUAUAUAUGUGAUGCGUUACACCAUGUCCCUCUUGAGACAAGGAUACACAUAAUGGAAAUACACAUCCACAAGAAGGUGGAGCGCCUCGAAUUGAUAUUGGUUGUUUUCUUUUGCUCUUUCUUGCGCAUUUCCUAAUCAAGUGUGGUUUGCAGUCCACAUUAGAAGGAACUGAGUCUUCCCUUGGCCAUUUCCCCUAAGCUUUGGAAAGACUCCUAUUUCCUGAAAUUUAAAUCACUGGCUAGCGGUUUCCUGCUCCGCUUCCCGUCUCCUUUUCUCCUCUUGAUCUCCUCCUGCCUGCGUGGAUCCGGACCCGCGAGCAAUGGUGUCCACAUCCCUUUGCUGACGGAGGUGGUAUCCAGAUUCCCAGAUCUCGCUCCUUGGUGUAGUGUCGCUGAACCCCAGUACCUACCCUCUUCUCCUACCGCCCCGCGCCGCUCUAGGAGGAGCCUAAAUGUCCUCCGCUCCCCUAGCUGAAAGGGAUUAUGCCACCGCGCCCGCCCAGCGCCCAGCCAUGGGGGACCUGCCCGGCCUGGUGCGCCUCUCCAUCGCGCUGCGCAUCCAACCCAAUGAUGGCCCGGUCUUCUUCAAGGUGGAUGGGCAGCGCUUCGGUCAGAACCGCACCAUCAAGCUGCUCACCGGUUCCUCCUACAAGGUGGAGGUGAAGAUUAAGCCCAGCACGCUGCAGGUCGAGAACAUCUCCAUUGGUGGUGUGCUUGUCCCACUGGAGCUGAAGUCUAAAGAACCUGAUGGGGACAGAAUCGUUUAUACGGGCACAUAUGACACAGAAGGUGUGGCCCCAACCAAGAGUGGAGAACGACAACCCAUCCAGAUCACAAUGCCGUUCACUGACAUUGGGACCUUCGAGACGGUGUGGCAAGUCAAGUUCUACAAUUACCACAAGCGAGAUCACUGCCAGUGGGGAAGCCCCUUCUCUGUCAUUGAGUAUGAAUGCAAGCCCAACGAGACACGCAGUCUUAUGUGGGUGAACAAGGAAUCUUUCCUUUGAAGGUGGCCCUUUCUGAUGUUGCUGGACAAUCUCUUCAGAAAUCUACUUUCAGAUAACCCAGCACAAGCCUUCACCGAGGCACACCACACCGUUGCUAUUUCCCAUCGGGUGCCAGUGACCUACUAGCCCUGAUUAUUUUGAAAGUGUCAUUCCCCUCUGAUGCAAUGUCCCUGACAAAAGAUCGUGACGUACCGUCCCCAAGAAGAUCCCUUCCCGUAUUCUGUGUUGGUGUUCCUGCUUCCGGUGUUCCCAGUCAUACUGUUGGCCGCUUGUGAGGACCUCAGUGGACCUGGCAGGCGUGUCCCAUACUUAACGGUUCUACUGAAUGACUGUGGUAUUUUGUUUCCAAGUGGAGUGAUUUUCCCUCUUUUGUGAAACGUGAAAUAAAAAAAUAACAAUGUGACUGGGUUCUCUUGCAAGUGUAAUAUGGUAACAUGCUAACUUGCAAUGUUUUGCAGCUCUCCCAGCAGGCUUUGUGAAAAUGUAAUACAGACAGCAGUGAAUGGGACUCGAACAUGCAUCCUAUAAACAGCUUGGCUUUUUCAGUGAAGAAUGAUGACAAAAUAAAAGGAGAAAUAUUUAAGAUAUAUGUAUAAUGUAUUAAAAUUCUUUCAAGUAACUUAGGGUUUUGUGCUGUGGCCUAGUGGAAAUGGGAAAAACCAUGGUUGUGGACCACUGUCAAGCAAGGUGACAGGAGUUAUAGGGUUGUCUCCUUGGCAAGUGACUCUAGUGUUAUAUUGAUGGCACCCCGACAUUCCCCUUCACUUGAACUUUCUAAAACUGUGUAUGGAACUGUAAUCAACUUUUGAUAUU